AUGGCGGUUCCAGUAGCAGUUGGCGUUGGGACUCUCGCAGUGCUUUAUGCUGGCAAAAGAUUCUUCCAAGGACCCAGGUGCACCAGCACUAAAAGCUUAAAGGGCAAAACCGUUGUUAUCACCGGUGCAAAUACUGGCAUCGGAAAAGAGACAGCGGUGGAUUUAGCCUCGCGAGGUGCAAGAGUAAUCAUCGGUUGCAGGAACAUGGAGAAAGCCAAAGAAGCUCUCAAGGAGAUACAAGAGCGAAGUGGUAGUACUUUUGUCUUCCUGGAGAAGCUGGACUUGUCGUCCUUGGAGUCAGUCCGCACUUUUGCAGACAAAAUCCUGAACAGCGAGCCACGCUUGGAUAUCCUGAUCAAUAAUGCAGGAGUAAUGGCCUGUGAUUAUCAGAAGACCAAAGAAGGAUUUGAAAUGCAGUUUGGAGUCAACCACCUGGGUCAUUUUCUGCUAACGAUGCUGCUUUUGGAUCUGAUAAAACGUUCAGCACCAAGUCGCAUCAUAAACGUGUCGUCCUCAGCGCACGCUAUGGGCUCUCAGAAGAUCAACUUCGAUGACAUCCACUACGAGAAGAGCUAUAGUGCUUGGCCGGCCUAUUUUAACAGCAAGCUAUCCAACGUGCUUUUCACACGAGAGCUAAGCAAACGCCUAGAGGGUACCCAUGUUACAGUUAAUGCCCUUCACCCAGGGGCAGUCAGUACAGAUCUGCAACGGCAUUCCGUUUUGUCCAGUGUUUUUGUAGCCCCACUUCGCUGGUACACCUUCAAGAGUGCUGAGAUGGGAGCUCAGACUACAAUCUACUGUGCAGUCUCCGAAGAGAUGGAAGGUGUCAGUGGCAAAUAUCUGGCAGAUUGUGCAGUCAAGGAGCCUUGCAAAGGUGCCAAAGAUGAUGAUGCAGCAAAGAAGUUGUGGGAUCUUAGCGUGAGGUUGGUUAAACUAGACAAAUGAACAUCAACAUUUUGUCCAUGAGUUAUCCACGUUGCAAGUGUCAAAUACAGAGAUGUUCUUACCUUUACAAUGUUUACUGAGUUUAAUCAUAGCAUGCACAAAGUUUAGAACUGUUGUGAGGAAGUAUUUGAGUUUGAGAACUUCUUUAAGUAAGUGCUUUUCUUCGUUUUUUUAACUUUAACUCAAUAUCGCAUACAGGUCUACAAAAGUGAAAUACUGCACUGUCACGCGUGUGAUAUAGGGUUUCAGAGUUAGUUGCUGAAUAAUGACUAUUAACAGUCAAUGUUGUAUGACUCUAAAGUAGCAAAAUGUGUUCAAAUGUUUUGUUAGCUUUCUUUCAACUAGCAUUAAAACGAUGAUGGUAAUUUUUUAGUUUGCUUUUUUAAGUUAUUGAUAUAGUCCUCCACAGCCCCCAUUCAACUUGUUUCUCCUUAACUUUGCCUCUGCCAGUUUCAUCCUCAUUGAAGAUGAGUAAAAGAAGUGGUACAUAAAAAAGAUGAUGGGAUCAGACAGAGAAAAAUGGGCUCAUAAGAGUUUUAACCCUUUAACUUCCAAGAUCUCAUUGGUAAUUCUCCUUACUAUCUGCCAAAUGAUUCUUAUUAUGUUAGUUUGGAGAAUUUGGUUUGGGAUCAAUCAUUAAUCCCACAAUUGAUAUUUUUUUUUACUCUCAUCACUUGUCUACAUGAUAUGGUAUAGAUAUAGUAAGGAGAAACUUACUUCAUUUCACUCCUUCCAACUGAUACACUUCUCCCAAACCUCUUCUGUUUUCUCUUGGCCACUGCCACUCUUUGGUUGUCCCCACCAACAUAGAGUGGAACAGGCUACCUUCACCAAUCAUUUUGUGUGACAAACCCAAAUGACAACUUCACAGGGGACUGGGCUUCCAAUAGUCCUAGAUGGGAUUGGCUAGAAGUAACAGUUAAGACCAACUUGUGGCUAUACAGGGCUAUCCUUACAGGGGCUACCAGAGGGGUGGCACAACAUGAAAAUAGUGAGGAAACAUUUAUAAACUCAGAACCUUAUCAAACCCCAGAAACUACUGACACUCCUGCUCACGGCUGAAUCACACAAUAUGCAAACUUUACAAAUAUCUACUUGUCAUUUCUAACCCCAAAGGCACAUACAUGCUUGAUGCUAUUCACACUUUGAAACUGGAGACCACAUUUGCUUCAGCCUAGCUUUACACAUAUUUUAUUGUUACAGUAGCUUGCAAAUUUGUGUCGUUAAAUUCAAUGUUGCGAGUGUGAUACAUAUCUGUAUUAUUGCACAUACUAAUAACACAUGGGUAAGCACUCAAGCAGAGAAGAGUGAAUUUCUAUUAAAACUGCUGGACUUAAAAUGUUAGCAGAACACUUUUUUCACACAUCAGGAGUGUACCAGUAUUCAUUAAGAUAUAUAAAAUGCUUUGGAAGUUUGGAGAGAACUUGAGAACUGGGAGUUGAAACAGGCACACAGAAGAACUGCCUUCCUGAGCAAUCCUUGCCAAAUGUUUAAUUGCUGAUCCUCAAAUUCUUAAGUGUGCUUUGUAACAUGAUAAAUGCACAUUAGCACAUGGGCCAAUUCUUAAUGAGCUCCAUUCAUCCUAAAAGUAAGAGAUAGGUGAUUUUCCCAAAACCAAUGCUUCACAGCAGGCAAGCAGGCAAGGAUAGGAAAACAUAUGCUCCUGACUUAAAUGGUUCAGUCCAAUUAAGGAUAUAAUUUAAAAAAUUAUAUGAAAGACUGAAAUGGGAAUGCAAAUGGUAGGUGAAUUAGGGUUAAUUUCACUUUUUCAUAAUCAACAAUAGCAGCUGUUUAUUCUACAUACCUAGAUCUAUAAUACAUUGGGCCUCUUUCACUGAGUUCAACUGAAAAUGCUUUCUUUUCUUCACAGCAGAAUUAUGGAACAUUUUUUACACUGAGAUCUUUUUCUUCUUUUCACAAAUUCUGCUUUAAAAUAAAAAUACCAAAAUGCUAAAGGAGAAAAACCCCAGCUAUAUAAGCAAGGAUCAAAAUGCACCAAUCAGAGCUGUUGAAAAACAACUAAUCACAGCAGAGCAUCAUGCUUUAUAAGAUCCCGCAUAACCAGUCGACCUCAUCGCCUGAAGAAGACUAGCAGUAUGCAGUCGAAACGUCGCGAUCUACAUCACACGUGACUAUAUCGUGAGACAAACGGAAAACUUAGCUUUUAUUGUUAUUCACCACGAUGAUUAACCACAACCUUUUCUACGAGAGUAAUAUAUUUUGGGAGCCACGGUUUUAGCUAAAAAAAUUUAAAAUUUGAAAAAUUGAAGACUUUUUUUCACAGAUGAUGCCUGGAAAGCAGUUUACAAAUUAGAGAAACAAUUACAGAAAACGUGGUUUAUGUUCUACUCAUUCUUUCUUAAAUUUAAGUGGUAUAAAUACAUUUUCUAAAACAGUUAUGUGAUACAAUAGCAUAUAUACGGAGCAUGCACUAGAAUGCUACGCACUGCCUUAAACAGAUCGUGGAAGGACCACCUCACAAACGAAGAGCUCUACGGCCACAUCCCGCCAAUCAGUAAAUCGCUACAGCAACAAAGGAUGAGAUUCACAGAGCAUUGUUGGCGCAGUAAAGAGGAACAAGCAGGGGAUGUAUUACUCUGGAAGCCAACAGACGGACAUCAGCCGAGAGGACGCCCAAAAGAGACCUACAUUGAUCAAUUGAUGGAUGACACAGGAUGCAGACUUGAAGAACUAUUAAUUGCAAUGGAAGACAGAGAAAGGUGGAGGGUGCGUGUCAUGGAAUACCGGGCAAGCUCGACCUGAUAAUGAUGAUGAUGGUAGCAAACGAGAUAUACUCGUUCCAAAACAGCAUCACGUGAUGAACAGCCUUUAUUGAUUUUAGAACAAGUUUUAUAAAAUUAUUUUACUCUUUCUUGUUAUAGCCGAAAAACUGUCCGAAGAUUGGUUGCACCAUCACUGCAAACAGUCAAGGUACUUCCACAUGAUUCAGUGCGAGAGUAACUGCCACUGGUCUGACUGGUAAGACAUUUUUUUUUCGUUUGUUUUUGUUUUUUCCUUUUUAGGUCUAGUGGAGUUGUUACGUGACAGGCAGUUGCUGCAUUAUUUUAAAACUUAGAAACUAUAUGCCCUGUGUUAAUAAAAGAGGGCUUCAUUUGCAAGCAUUGUAGAGUUCAAAAUAAAAAGAACCUAGUAGAACACUCUUUCAGUUUUUAUCCCAGUGUGUGAAUUAUUUAGCCAAAACGAAAAAAAAAUUAAUAUACACAUGAAACGAAGCCAUUCCUGUCAGCGGUGAAAUACAGGAGUGGCUCCAGUCUCUGGUCUUCCGCCUAAACUGCUUAAAUGAGUUUUGUCAGCGGAUGACUUUUCCAUUGCCGGAAUAUCACUGAACCACUUCGCUGAACAAGAAAGACUCUGCCUUUUCUUCGUAAUGUAAGUAGCCAUUUUUUGUUGACACGUCGAUGUUUUCACUCGUAUUGAUAUUUUAUCGAGACACAUGGAUAAACAAUACUCAUGACUCAUUGACUUUUACUAUUUUUAUCAUUCAAUCACAGAUCGGAGCCCUUCCUGUAUUUAGUCGCUAGUAUUGUAAACGGAAGUGCCAUUUUGAACUCAAAGUUGCUUGGCGUGACGUAAGUUGGAGUUACGUGACCAAUAUGCGUGACGUUGUGCCGUUAGUCGCUCCCAGAAAUCAACACUUGCUUGGUAUCGAACAAAUUUCAAAAUGGCAGACGCUUAUGAAGGAGUUAGUCGUGGUACUUUGAAGCUAAAAGGAGUUACAGAUGGAGGCGUUAAGAAGUAAAAAAUUCAUUUAUUUUACAUUUUUAGUCAUAAAAUUUUAGAUUUCUUCUAUUUCCUCAAGAAAUUUUCCUUUUGCAAAGGAAGAUUUCGCUUCUCAACUUUGAUAGUUUCUUCGAACCGUCAAGUUUAGCUGUUUCCAUGCUUCCCCUUUGUUCCAUUUAGAAAGAAAAAGAAGAACAAGGCAAAGAAGGCGCUUGAAGAUAUAUCUCAGAGUACCUCUAAAGGAAAAAUUGAUCGAAGUGAAGAGGAUCACGAAGAGGAAACGGUGGAUACACGGACACCAGCCGAACUUGCUUAUGAUAAAAUCAAAGAGAAAAGAGUGAGUGUGUUAUCACUUUCUUUCAGGCUCGUGUGGAAGGGAUCCUGCCAUUUUGAUCUAUGCUCACUCGCACUGUAGUAAGAUAAGCAAGAAGUUGCAAGGUUGUUUGGUUUUUGUAAACUGAGUCGACAUUUUAAAUUGGUCCCCGUGAAGAGUUCUGAAUUGUAAAGCUGAUAUUUACUGUUAGGAGAAUUAGACGCUGAUCACUCUCGGGUUUGAGUGGUUGAACAAAUCAGUAAGAGUAACACAGAGUAGAAAUCUCUAGUUAUCAGUUAUCGUUUCAAAUUUAAUUUGCUUUUUAUUAUUUUCACAGGUCAAUAUAAUUUCAAAAUUAACCAAUUUGUUUUUUUUGUUGUUGUUUUUCUUCACUUAGGCAGCAGAGAGGAUUUUGAAGAAGGCAGAGAAAACCCACAAACAGAGAGUUGAGGUAUGUACAUUCAAACAUAUACUCCAAAAUGUAUUAAGGAUAUGUCCAGAAACACAUUUUGAUUGUUUUUACUUAUGAUCUAUUGGAGGACAGAUGCAUUUUUCAUAUAAAGCAAAUAAACUCUAUGUUUCUGAGGGUCAGUACAGAAACAGAUUACAGAAGACAUCAAAACAUCAGUGACAUACAUGUACUUGGCUGUGCCUCGUGUGCCAAAUGUGUUCUUACCAGAUUUUGACAUCAUCUGCAGUCUUUUGCUAUACAGGCAUUCAUGCAACAUGGAAUGUGUCUGUAGAAUAGUGAUUAUGAAAAUCUACCAACUUGAUGCAGUUUCAAGAGUCUGAAAAAUAAACUAACCACAGAACUAUUGUCUUCAAAUUGGCCAAUAAUUAAUCUAUGGAUAUCACCAUUUGGAAAUCAACAAAAUGCCCUCUAAUGCUGCUGUUAAGAAAUAUUUUAUCACAGUCUUUUGAAUUGAAUCUGUGUUGCUUGAGAAAAAGUCCCACUAUGAUCAAGGCUGUGUUUAUUUUAUCAUUAUUAGUGUUUUUUAUUAUAAUUUAUUUUUUUUUAAUAGAUUUGUCAUCCCACCCAUUUCAAAGUUUACAUGCACAGUUGAUAAUAAACAAAUCAGCCUUUGUGAGAGAUUUUGAUAAGGAGGCAAACCAGAAGUACCUUAAAAUGUUGAGCUUUGAUCCUUGAUGAGUAUUAAUUAUUUUGGACAUGAGGCCUUUAAUGUUAUUGUUUUGUUUUGUUUUUCAGAAAUUUAACGAUUAUCUUGAUGGUCUCUCAGAACAUUAUGACAUACCAAAAGUCAGCUGGACUAAAUGA